AUGGCGUCCAUGCGCUUCCCUUUCUCGUUUCCUCAGCCCCCUCAACCGCCUCAAUUCCCUCGCGCCUUCACCACAUUCGCUGCUGUUGCCGCCGUCGCCGGAGCCUCCGCUGCUGUCGUGGCUGUAUCCUCCUCCGACCGCCCCUUUCUCCGGAAUGCCCUCAAUUCCUUAUUCUCUUCUGGCCACUCGUUGCCUCUCUGGGGUUCUAUCAGUUUGGCCGACAGUGGGGUUUCCGUGCUCGAGUCAAAGACUGGAGCUUCCUUCCCUUCGGUUCUAGCCUCUUCUCACAAACUAUGCGGAAUUGGGUUGCGGAAAAAAAGCGUCUUGGGAUUGAAGAACAUUGAUGUAUACGCUUUUGGUGUUUAUGCUGAUGAUGAGGACAUAAAGACUCAUCUUUCUGAGAAAUAUGGGCAGUUCUCUGCGUCUGAAUUGCAGGGAAAUAAGGAGUUUAUUGAUGAUCUUAUGGACAAUGAUAUAUCCAUGACAGUUAGGCUUCAAAUUGUGUAUGGGAGAUUGAGCAUUCGUUCUGUGCGUAGUGCAUUUGAAGAGUCUGUAGGAAGUAGGCUGCAGAAAUUUGGGGGAUCAGACAAUAAAGAAUUGCUUCAAAGGUUCACUUCACAGUUUAGAGAUGAAAUCAAAAUACCUCGUGGAUCUGUAAUUCAUCUCUCAAGAGAGAAAGGCCAUGUUCUUCGCACAUCAAUUGAUGGAGACGAAGUGGGAAGCAUUAAGAGUAAACUCCUAUGUAAGUCAAUUCUAGAUUUAUAUGUUGGUGAAGAAGCAUUUGAUAAAGACGCCAAAGAAGAAAUUGAGCACAAUGUGGCUUCUUACCUCUAG